AUGAGGAUUUUUGGGAAUGGGUUCAGGGGGAGUGUUGGUGGUGCGGUUGCAGGAGCUAGGAGGUCUGGAUUCUUCCAGCCGAUUCCCCAAUCGCAGCACAGAGACCAGUCGCCCAAUGCCCAAGUACAUCCGGCCAGGACAACGAAUCCAGUGGCUGACCAGUCACCAGCAACCAACAAUGCCACCAAUUCGCCAGGAACUGCCAAUAGGCCGCGUUUCGUGGCGGUCACAACUCUGGAGGACGCCCAAGCUGUGAGAUGCGCAGAGUUCCAUCCCAAUGGACGACUUUAUGCAGUUGGAUCGAAUUCGAAAACUUUGAGGAUCUGUGCUUAUCCUUCUUUGAACGAUGUCAGGGAGCAGCAUUCAACGUAUCAGCCCACUGUCCUAUUCAAGAGGACGAAGCACCACAAGGGCAGCAUCUAUUGUCUGGCCUGGUCGCCAGCUGGUGAUCUGAUGGCUACGGGGUCCAAUGAUAAGACGGUGAAGUUGAUGAGGUUCAAUGCUGAUACGGAGAAUUUGGAAGGACAGGAGGUCGAGUUGACGAUGCACGAUGGUACGGUGCGAGACUUGUGUUUCCUCGAAGACUCCACAAACAAAUCAAGCCUAUUAAUUAGUGGGGGCGCCGGCGACUGCAAAAUCUACGUCACCGACUGCGAAACAGGAACACCCUUCCAGGCUCUUAGUGGGCACACGGGCCACAUUUUAUCUCUGUACAAUUGGGGUGGAGCCCUAUUUGCCAGUGGCUCCCAGGACAGGACAGUUCGUUUCUGGGACUUGAGGACCAGGGGCUGCGUUAACACGGUGACGCCUGCUGCAGGACCCAGUGCCAGGGGUUCUCCUGUGGCUGGUCUCUGCGUGGACCCAAGUGGAAGACUCCUGGUCUCUGGUCAUGAAGACAGUUCUUGUGUUUUAUAUGACAUCAGGGGUGAUAGACCUGUACAAUGUUUCAAACCUCAUGCUUCUGAUAUUAGAUCGAUCAGGUUUUCGCCAUCUGCUUACUAUUUACUGACAGGAGGUUAUGAUAAUAAAUUGGUGCUCACCGAUUUACAAGGUGAUUUAACUAUGCCUUUACCAAGUGUGGUAGUUGCCCAGCACAACGACAAAGUCAUCUCAGGCCGAUGGCAUCCCACAGAGUUCUCCUUCUUGUCAACUUCUGCAGACAAAACGGCGACGCUGUGGGCGCUGCCACCAUUGUAAAAAGUUUUAAAGAGAAAAACAUACAAAUGUGGAGACAAAAUAGUUUGUAAUAAAAUAUAUACACUAUAUACAUAUAUAUUUAUAUUUAGAAUUGUUUAAGUCAUUAUAAAUGGACAUACAUAUAAAAUAUGGUUGUCGGCGAAGAAUUAAAUUUUUCAACGAGGAUAUACCAAUGCGUCGGAUUAAAAAUAACAAUUUUUUAUUCAAAUAUUGAAAUCUCAAUUUCUUUCGAUUUGUGACCACUGGUGGGGGGGGAGUACUGUGGCAAAUUACAGUCGACCAUGUUUUUUAAGAAGUCUAUAAAAGUUUAUAAAAUCUGAAAAAGAAUCGCGAUUAUAGUCGAAUCAUUUUUUAGUAACUAGAAACCUAACAAUGCAAGCAUUACACGUAUUUUUUUAUACAAAUAUAUUUAAUUAGGUUUCUGGUCGUUAUGGAUAAACUAGACGUAAGUGGCAUUAUGAUAUGUGUAGUUUUUGGUAAUGAUUUAUGAACCCAAAAAUGACUUUAUUACAUCAAAAAUGAUUCAACCACAAUCGCGAUCUUUUUUCAGAUUUUAUAAACUUUUAUAGACUUUCUAUAAAACCUGUGGCAGACUAUAAAUUGCCACAGUACUCCCUCACCAGCAAUUAGGUACUAGAUCGAAAGGAGUUGAGAUUUAGCUACUUCAAUAAAUAAUUGGUAUUUUUAAUUCGACGAAUUGGUUGUUUAAUUAAUGAAAGUAAAUAGAGGAUUAAAAUUUUUGAACAAGGAAGGUAUAAAGUUGAUUUUUAAAAUGUAGGUGACAUAUAGGUUAGUGUUUUAUCGGGUUUUGUGAACACAGAUUUUAUUUGUGUCGAUAUAUAUAUAUAUAUAUAUAUAUAUAUAUAUAUAU